GACAUGACAAGAAUGAAGUUCUAAAUAAAUAACCUCAAUCCUAUUUUUAUUUGUUCUAAGUAUUUUAUACCACUAAAAUGAGAUUUAACACUACAUUAUUCUCGGCUGCAAACCAGGCAAAUAGCAGGAGACCACAAAAGGAUCCUGUUCCCUUUCAAAUGCUUUUGCCCCUAGAACUAGGGAAGACUGUUUCUGGUAAAGGAGACAAGUUAAAAGAAGCCGUAUGUAUGCAAGAAAUGGCUGUUAUGUUCGCAUGUUUUAAGAAAACUGAGUUCAAUCAGCAGGAGUGUUUGAAUGAAGUCGCUUCUUUUCAAACUUGCUUUAACAACUACAAUGACAAAAUGAAACUAUCACGCGAGCAAGGAAGGAAAGGAAUUCUUGUUCCUGGAGAGAAGACCUUAACUCAUAGACAAUUAAACAAACUCUUAAGAAGGUUUCCCCCUAAGAAAUAGUUUAAUAGUUUGAAAUCUGGUAAAUUAAUAGCUCUGUAUAGUUCUUCCAGGUUAUGGAAAUAAAUAUUUAUCAACUU